AUGUAUCGAACAUUAGUAAAACAAUUGAUUAUUUCUCGAAUUUAUCCAAGUGUUAAUAUUCAUUUAUCAACUCCAAAAGUGGAAGAAACAAUAAAUAAAAAUGUUCAACAAACAAAAUCUGAUAAUACAAAUGAUGAUGUGAAAUUUGAUUAUAUUAAUAAAACAGGUAUUAUUCUAUUGAAUAAACCUAAAGCAUUAAAUGCAUUAUCAUCAUCAAUGAUUCAUAAAAUUUAUCCAAAGAUGAAAGAAUGGGAAUCAGAUGGUAAAACUCAAUUAGUUAUUAUGAAAAGUACAACUUCAAAAGCAUUUUGUGCUGGUGGAGAUAUAAAAGCUCUUUUGGUUAAAGCACCAGAAGGUGAAAAACUUCGAUGUGAAUUUUUUCGUGAUGAAUAUAAAUUAAAUUAUCUUAUUGGAAAUUAUAAAUUACCAUAUGUAGCUAUUAUAAAUGGUAUAACAAUGGGUGGAGGUUGCGGUUUAUCUGUACAUGGACCAUUUCGAAUAGCAACAGAAGCAACAACAAUUGCUAUGCCUGAAACAGCUAUUGGUUUAUUUCCUGAUGUUGGUGGAUCACAUUUUCUUCCACGUUUACCAUCUAAUCUUGGAGUAUUUCUUGGAUUAACAGGUCAUCGUUUACGUGGUAUUGAUAAUUAUCAUGCUGGUAUUGCAACACAUUUUGUACCAACAAAUAAAUUAGAAGAAAUCGAACGAAAACUUGUGGAAAUAUCAAAUGCAGAUUAUAAAUCAGUGAAUGCAGUUUUGAAUCAACAUGCUAAAUUGAUUGAUUCACAACCACGAUUUAGUUUAGAACGUGAAUUACCUUUAAUCAAUGAUCUAUUUUCAAUCGAUACAAAAGAUGUUGAAACCAUUCUUGAAAAAUUAAAAUCUAAUGGUUCAGAUUUUGCUUUAAAACAACUUUCAAUUCUUGAAAAAAUGAGUCCAACAUCACUUAAAUUAACAUUUGAAGAAAUAAAACGUGGUAAAAAUUUAAAUUUAAAAGAUUGUUUAAUUAUGGAAUAUCGUAUGGUACAAAAUGUUAUGAAUGGUCAUGAUUUUUUUGAAGGUGUUCGAGCCGUUCUGGUUGAUAAAGAUAACAAACCUCAAUGGAAACCAAAUUCAUUAAAAAAUGUUUCUGAUAAAGAAAUAGAACAAUAUUUUGAAAAACCUUCAUCCCAUGAAGAUUUACAAUUAGAAUGA